AUGCAUCUUCUCCCCGAUAUGCAGUCAACAACACGUAAACAACGUCUGGGACACUCCUACAGCCCCGAUGCUCUCGAAACUGCUGCGUUGUACUUUAACAUCACAUUCAGACCAGUAAUUGUCGAACCGUUUCUACCUCGUUGGCCUCACCAAAUUCUUGAAUCAAAUAAGGAUGAGUUACGCCACCGCAUCCUGCUUGGUGUUAAUAAAGACGAAGGUACGUAUGAAAUGAUAUACGGUUUGCGAAAAUACUUUCUUGAUAAAGGCAGUGCCCCAAAACUACCGGAAGCGUUUUCAUCAAACAGCACUGGGCCUAGUCCACUUGAUAUAUUAGCCCUGAACAUCAUAGAUGAAGACGUUCUCUUCCCAAUUUUAUUGCACGCUACGGCCUUUGAAUAUAACAUUCCAAGCAGACUAUCUCCUGAGAGGGAAUGGACAGCAUUAGAGGUUCAGCAGGCAUUAGCAGAAAUUACAGGUGAUUACAACAUCAUAUGCCCUGUUAUCAAAUUUGCCGAU